AUGAACGAACAGAAGAAUGUCAUCGCAAAACUGCUAGAUCGCAUUCCAGAACGCGGACAGGGAGAUUGCAAUGCGACGGAGCACAUGGCACUCCCGAACUUGAUGGCAGCGCAGAGGCUGAUCACAAUACUGGAUAGAGACUACAAAGCAGGCAAAACGGUCUCACUGCAACAAUUGCAUCAGGAGUGCGAAAACUUCUUAAGCCUCAAGAGAGACAGUGAAGUUGUCGCCGGAACUAUGAAACUAGUGGAAGCCACGUCCGUACAGAAGCGGAAGGAAAUAGAAUGUUGGAACUGCGAAGGCAACCAUCGUGCUAGUGGAUGCCAAGCAAAACCUUGGUUCUGCAAGAAGUGCAGGAAGGUCGGUCACAAGGAAAAGUUUUGUGACAGUUACGAAAAAAGAAGACUGCGGGUCGCACAGAGGCGACGCAGAAAACUCAGCAUACUAAAGAGAAGUUCUCAGGAAAAAAUAACAGAGGCCCGAGAAAAAAAGUACGAAGUCGUCAAGAUUGCAAAUGCAGCAGUUCAGGCAAACUCUUCCCGUGUGUACAUCGACGCUGUAGUGAACAACUACUCAGUCAAAUUUCUUCUCGAUACUGGAUCAGACAUCACGUUACUGAACGAGAAGAUUUGGAAGAAGAUGGGCUCCCCAGCAUUGGAAAAGACCAAUAUAGUCGUGAAAAAUGCAAGUGGAGAUACAAUGAAGAUAUAUGGAAAGCUUAAAUGCAAGAUUACCAUGAAAGGUGUCACUACUGAAGGAGACGCCUAUGUGACGCCGCACAACUCACUCUUGGGUCUCGAAUGGAUUCGAGCAAAUGAGAAUUUGAUGUACCACAUAGAAAUGAUGGCUGCUGAAGUGAAGGCCAACUGUAACCCCAGACGUGAAGAAGAAAAACUCAAAGGGGAAGAGAAACCGUCAGAGGACAAGUUCAAUGUUAUACGGCAAGCACACCGAACCACCCCACACAGAUGUCUUGAGGACAGAACUGAAUCAUCGACAAGGUUGUACGCCGAAGAAAAUGGAAGGAAGAUGAAGCAACAAUACGAUAGGAGGAACGGUUCAUUUUCGAAGGAAUUCCAAAAGGGAGACGACGUGUACGCGCAGAUGUGGAAAGCCCCACACUUCACAUGGAAGCAAGGAGUUGUCGCAAAACGACUUGGGAAGGUUAACUAUGAGGGCUGA